AUGCUUAACGUUCCGCGACGGCUUUACUCGGAAGGUGUUCAGAAGCAACGAGAUGAGCCCGCCGCCGGCAAUGAGCCUUCACAUACAAAAGACACUCCUGGUCGCCCGAUUACAAAGAACAUCGAAGCCGCGCGGGAAAGCACACGGGUAGUGCGGGAGAAGGUCCUCUCCGCCCUUCCCAACCUCUCGCCCCACGAAAACAUCUACAAUCUACCCAACUUCCUCACCGUCUCAAGACUCAUCGCCGCUCCCGCAACAGCCUAUCUUCUCCUCCAUGACCACCACAAAUGGGCGUUGGCCCUAUUCGCCUAUGCCGGUAUCACUGACCUGGUAGACGGCUGGAUAGCGCGGAAGUGGAAGCUGCAGACUGUGGCGGGAAGCGUAAUAGAUCCCAUGGCCGACAAGGCUCUGAUGAUCAUCCUCACCGUCACCCUUGCCGUCAAGGGCGCCAUACCUCUCUCCCUCGCCACCCUCAUCCUAGGCCGCGACGCCUCCCUCGCCCUCGCCGCAAUCUACUACCGCUACGCCUCCCUCCCCGCCCCCAAAACCCUCCAACGCUACUGGGAUUUCUCCCUCCCCUCCGCCGAAGUGCACCCCACCACCGUCUCGAAGUACAACACCUUCCUGCAACUCAUCCUCAUAGGCUCCACCCUCACUCUCCCCGUCAUCACAAGCGGAGGCGAGUACGCAAGUCUGUUGCAGCACCUCGGCGGCAGCGACGAGAUGCUGCGCACCGGGAUGACGGCUUUCCAGUGUCUGGUUGCUGGCACGACGGCGUGGAGUGGGUUGAGUUAUGCUUUUUUGAAGAAUGCUGUUACGAUUUUGGGAGAGAAUGAGGAGUUGAAGGCGAAGCAGGGGGCGAGGGGACGGGCGAUUAUCGGGGUUACUUUUGGGGGGGUUGUUGCUUAUGCUGUCUGGCUUGCUUUGACUCAUGAUGCUGAGGGGGCGAGUGAGAGUGAUCAAAUCGGGACUGCAAAGGAUGAUCGGUGA